CUGCGCAGGCGCCGCUGGGCGCGCGGUGAUCUGGGGAGCGGGUCCGGAAGAGGCCGAGUUCGGCCCGGAGCGCGCGGAGCCUGGGGGCGGGGCCAGCCCGGGGCGCCCCCCCUCCCCCCGCCCCUGCAGGAGCAGCAGCAGCCCGGCAUCGGAUGAAGUGGGCGGCCGCUCACGAAAGCUGAGGCGCAAAGAAACGGGCCCCGUCUCUGAGGGGCCACAAGUCCUCCUGUCCUUUUUGCGGAGACGGAGGAAGGCAAAACCUGCCGUUUGUUUGAGCAUCGGCCUUCCUGGGCUACCGCCCGCCUCCUCGCUUUGGGAUCUCCGACUCUGCCGCUCCUGGGCCCCUGCUCGGGCGCCUAGGCCUUGCUGCCUCGCGAAGGGGUGCGUGUCCCCAAAACGGACCCCACGGCAGGCACGGCCUUCCCCGGGACUGACUGGUUUCGGCAGAGUGGUUUAAGGAGGGAAUGGGACGGAGGCCUGUAGAGGGCGGAAGUGAGGCUCGUUAACCGGGGCUCCUGUCCUGUCUGAGGCGCCUGCUGAUGUCCGUGAUGUGCCUGUUGCAGAGAGGACUUUGGAGACUGAUGCUUCUGGUUGUCUGGCCAGCGCCGUGUACCAGUGCUCAGUUCAUCCUGAAAGCUUCAGCCGUGUACAUAUGUGUUAUAUAAUGUGGUCCCGACAAACUGUCCCCAACGUUGCAGAACUCGGGACUAGCGGAGGCCGGGGGCAGUCGGAGGUAGCAGCAGGACCUGUUGGAGAGAGUUAACGUGGGGUGAAUUCAGCAAGCGUUACACAGGCUUCUCUUGCUCUUUUCCUUGUAGUUGGGUAGCGCUGUACAAUGGAAAUCAGCCACUCUGUCAAAGAGCGCACCAUUGCUGAGAACAGCCUGGUCAUCCUACUCCAAGGUAUCCACGGCUACGUCACCACAGUCGAUCUCCGCGACGAGAGCACCGUGCUGGGCCGCAUCACCAAUGUGGACGCCUUCAUGAACAUUCGCCUGGCUGAGGUGACCUUCACAGACAGGCAGGGCAGAGUCUCCCAGCUGGAUGACCUGUUUGUGACCGGCAGGAAUGUCCGCUAUGUCCAUAUCCCUGACGAAGUGGAUAUCAAGGCCACAGUGGAGAAGCAGCUGCAGCUGAUCCACAAGGUGCGCUAUUUUGGAGGCCGAGACAAAGGGAGAAAGGAAUUCCCUACAGCAAGACACAAAUAAACUCUCCUGGGCGUUGCCCAGAAUUCCCAGGGAGCUCUAACCUGGAACGACAGCUCUCAGAUCCCUUAUAACAUCACCCCCACUUCUGUACUGGAAAUCUUCCUGUCUCUGCUACCGUUUUAGAGACUACAACAAACAUGUCUCAUCCUGAAAGAUCCCCUGGGCUGCUCUAUCAAAUCCCUUCUCCAUUUGUUACAGGGUUUUGGUUUCUUAGGGCAGCUUCCUGACAUUGGUGUUGGCGGGAUGAAGGGGGGGGGGAAUGCAGACAAGGGAUCAUCCAUAGGAGUUUAUUUUUAAAUUUUAAGGCCUCUGUGAAACCUUCUGGUGUGUUUCUUGAUGCUCUGGCAGGUAAAGGGAAGGAGGACACUUUUAUAUCCUGUCUCGUUCUUAAGUUGAUCAGUAAACUUUUUUUUCAAAUAAAAUCUUUAUCCAGAAACCAA